CUCUCUCCCUCUCUCUCGUCUCAAUCCCACACCUCAAGGUUCUUUUUUCUUGGUCCCUUCUAACUUCUUUCUAUUGCUCUUCUUUUUUGAUUUUAUUCCCUCGGCAGUCCUCGUCUUGCCUCUCAUGCUGUAUUCUGCUACAGUCUCCAUGAUUCCUUCAAUAAAAAAGAUUUGGCUUCCAAAAUUGGCGACGAUCUUAGGGUCAUAGAGCGGUCGGUUUCCAAAAUCUGAUGGUCGGAGAAGGUCUUGUUUGAUGGUUAAUUCUGUCGAUAGGCGAAGCCUCGGCGGCGGAGAUAGAAGCGGUUGACUUUUUUUGCAACGGCUGUUGAUUGUGGUCGGUUCGAUCUCAAAUAUUUGAUUUUAAAAAAAUCGAAGAAAAGGCAGCUAUUACCUUUAUUGGUGGUGAUCGAGAAAUGGAGGUCGAGUGCAAGACCGUAAUGACUCGAGAGGACUGCAUGCACUUGGUGCAGGAGAGGCAACCGGAGAAGGAUUUUGAUGAAAAUGGGGGACUUAGGGCUGUGCAUGAUGGCGACGAGGGUGAAAAGGUGGACGGAAGUAAUGUUGUGUUACUGCCUCUCCCAGCUGACGAUCAUCGAAUCUCCAAAGAUUAUGCCUGUGAUGGCAUGAAGGUCGGAUCAAGGGCCUCCAACCCCCUGGAGGAAUUGGCCGUCCAGACGAAAGAACAGGGUAAAAACAAGCAAGGGAAGAAGCUUAGUAGGCGCGAUCGGAUGGAGCUGGGUCGCUUGUUUCAGGAGGCAGUGAGCUCUCAUGAUUGGGAGCUUGCCGAGAGUCUGGUUCUGCUGGCCGAUUCACAAACUCUCAAUGAUGUGCUUUGUAUAGCGUUGGACGCUAUAUGGUUCUUGACUACAUGGGGAGAACUCAAUGGCAUUACGGGACUGAUUAAGAAGAUUGUUAGCUAUGGAGGAAGUGAUUUCACAAGGGCAAUCCUUAGGACAUCCUUCUUUGCUUCAUGUGUCUAUGCCUGUCAUUGCAGAAUCAUGAAUUUGACUGAUACAGUGGGCAUCAUGGCCCAAAGGUUGCAUGAACGAUUACAAGAAUGUCAUGGAGAUGAGGUUCUGAAGGCAGAGGCUGGUAUGAAAGUUCAGAAAUUCACAGAUUGGGCCCUUAAAUGCAUCGGAUUUCACUUUCGUUACCAGGAGAAUCGAGGAGGAAGAAAGAACAACAUGAUUGUUGAAGUACAACUUCAGUUGUCAGCUUUCAAGACAUUUUUGGAACUUGCUGGUGACCAUCUUACAGGAAAGGACUUUACUGAGGCUUUCGAUGCAGCUUGCUUCCCUCUUACCCUCUUCUCUAGCUCUUUUGAUUCUGGUUGGGCACUAGGAAUCUCUGCAAUUGCUGUCCAAGGAUUAUUGGGGAUGCUGGUGGAGGGUGGUGCAGACAAUGUAAACCAGUGCUUUCUGGAAGCUUCAAGAUUUGGGAGUACAGAGCUUGUGCGGAUUUUACUGCAGAUCGCUGAGAGGAAUAGCUUGGAUAUUGAUGUCGAUCUCGCCCUUGUAUUUGCCUCCCACUACUGUAAAAUUGGAACCAUGGAGUGCUUGGUUGAUGAGGGCCAUGCUGUUGACUUCCUGGGACCUCUGGUGCGAGCAUCUGAGAGGGGCUGCAUGCAGGUUGUCCAAUGGUUUGUUAACAGGGGAUGUGGAGACAUGGAGCUCUGCCUUGCCCUUACUGCAGCCACCUCUAGCAGCCAAGUGGGUGUUUCUGCUUACCUUCUCCCACACAUUCCACAACAUGUGCUUGCUGCUCUGAGCAUCGAGAUCCUAAAGGCCGCAGGUGAACGAAGCAGGGGAUCACUUGACGGUGUCGCUUUUCUUCUCUGCAGUGACUUCCUUGGUGACCCUGCCGCAACAUAUGCUGUGGCUGACAGCAUCGCAAGGUCAAAUGAUGAGGCUGUAGCACCCGAGUUGAGGGCUUUUCUUCUGGAACAGUGGUCCGAAGCUGCAUUUGCCGAAGGCUUGAGUUCUGGACAGGAUCACUUUGUGAAUUUCAUGAGGAUUCUGAGAAGGGGCUGUUCACCCAUCUGUCUAAUGGACCUCCCACCACCCCUGGCAGCCACCAUUGCAUAUAUGCCUCUGUAUAGGGAGUGCAUGGAGGCAGGCGGACAGUUGCUAUCGCAGAAACUGAGAGGCCAGCUCGUGGAAGCCGCCCGUAGGAUUGGUGGCAGAUGGGUGGACGACGAUAGCCAGGCAAACGAGCUUCUAGAAAUUUUGGAGCGUAACCUGCCACGUUUCUUUUUGCAGCCAUUGACGACUCUCUGAGCCCUUUUUAUGCAGUUCAUCUACAUAUCCAUGAUUCAAGGAGCAGCUGACGAGGUUUAGUUGGUUCCUUUGAUCUACAGAUUAUUAACACUACUAUCCGGUGUCUGUGUUGAGAGCAACAGGGAUGGAUACCAAAGAUCUUGCAGCUGCCGACAUCAAAUGUUAGUUGAAGUUUACCUCGAUCAUCCUCAUUCAGAGGUCUCGAUAGUGUCACAUGCCUGUAUCUGACAUACAUGGUGAGCUCCCACCAUUCGAGAUGCAGUUAGUUACCUUUAAGAUUUGCUAUCGAGCUGGGAUCUGAAUAAGCUGUUCGCAAUGGCAUUGCUUCAACUGGUAUAGAUUUUGUGAGUUGGUUAGCAUCUUGUUCACAAUGCCUUCCUCGUUACUUUCGAUUACUACGGCACUAUCGGAUCCUUUGAAAAACAUAUCUCAAUCACUAUAUUUUUUGGUUUCAA